GCCGUUUACCCGCCUCCGCUGUCAGCAAAAAAGGGUGCCAUCUGUCUCUUCGUGUUAUUUGAACUGAAGAACACAAAGCUUUGAACAGACAACCGCGGAUAUUGCUUAGAUGAACAUCCCUGAAUUUCUCGCCAUCUAAGGAAACUAAAUUGAUCAGAGAUCAGAAACUGGAAAUCUAGAUCAGACAGAAAUGGUUGCUACCACCAAGGCCAAAGUCUGCCUGGAUGCGGGUCUGCCCACUAAGGAUAAUCGAACCCGAAGAAGUGCAAUGGGAGGUUUUAUGGUUUAUACGGAGAAAGAUAAGAUUAAAGCUGAUCCCAGUUGCAAGAAACCUGUAACAAUAAAAAAGGAGCCUUCAACAGAUUGUACGAUUCAAACAAAGGGACGCCUGCAACGCUCAGAGAAGAAUACAGAGAAAUUUGAAGUCUCUGGGGCCAAAAGCAUGAGAAGAAGAGCAUUGGCAGAUGUGAGUAACGUCCGGGGCAACUCUUCUAGGAAAACAGUCCAAGAUAGCUCCAAGCAUAAGGUUUCAACUGGGACUAGAAUUAGCACUGCUGGCAUCAAUAUCUCAUUUAGGAAAUCAUUGGGAAAAACGAAGAAUGCAGGGGAAGCUGUUAGUAACUUGCAUGCUUCAGAAAAAGGGCGUGUUAAAGAUUCAAAAGGUUGUUCGGUCAAUGAAAGAGACAAAACAGAUGGUCCCUGCUGUGCCAAUACUGUGAAUGCCAGGAGAUCUUUACCAAUGCUAAAGAGGAUGAACCAGACAAAUGCUUCGAACCUGAAGGAAGUUACUGAGAAGCCUGAAAAGACCAAUAGAUCUCAAGCAUGUUGGACAAAAUCUGGCAAGAAUGCAGCAGUCCUGGCAAAGAAUAAAAGAAGUCAGCUAUGGAAUAACCGAACGAGCGAUGGUUUCAUUAUAACGGGUCAAGCCAAGGUGGACACAAGUGCACUGUUGAAAAAGUCUAGUAAGCCCAUUACAAGGAUCAUGAAGAAGGCUUCUGGUACUCGAGAGGCAUCAAAACCCAAAUAUGCACCAGUUGCAAUCAAAUUGAUUUCUAGUACUGUAUCAUCAUCUAAGAUUGUGGAACCCUCAUCAUCUCUAUGUGAGAAUAUAACUAAUGUGUCCAUUCAAGGGAAGGAUGCAUCUGAACCUACUUGUAAUCCUAGUACAAGUACGGAUUUCACUUUCAGGAAAAAAGUUGGUCGUAGGAGAUCAUAUACAUCCUUGUUGGUCGCUGGAGCAAAGUUGCUGGAUAAAUGUGCUGUAGUUACUGAAAUGGCUAACCUACCUAGUAUUGACAAUGACUACGACCAAAUGGAGGUUGCUGAAUACGUUGAGGAGAUAUAUCAUUACUAUUGGCUUACAGAGGCACAAAGUUCUUCGCUUUCGAAUUACUUAUCAGUACAAAAAGAAAUUACCCCACUUAUGCGAGCCAUUUUGAUCAACUGGUUGAUUGAAGUACAAUUCAAAUUUGACUUGAUGCCUGAAACACUAUUUCUCUCUGUUACGUUGUUUGAUCGGUAUCUCUCCCAAGUCAAAAUCAAGAAGAAUGAAAUGCAGUUGGUUGGUCUUACUGCACUGUUAUUGGCUUCAAAAUAUGAAGAUUUCUGGCAUCCUAGGGUUAAAGAUCUAAUUAGCAUUUCAGCUGAGUCCUACACAAGGGAGCAAAUGCUACAAAUGGAAGCACUCAUUCUGAAGAAGUUGAAGUUUCGCUUGAACGUGCCUACUACAUAUGUUUUUAUGUUAAGAUUCCUCAAGGCUGCUCAGUCUACUAAUACUCAGCUUGAACACUUAUCAUUUUACUUGAUUGAGCUGGCCUUGGUUGAAUACGAAGCUCUUAGUUUUAGGCCGUCGUUGUUAUGUGCAUCAGCUCUAUAUGUUGCACGGAGUACGCUGCGAAUAAGUCCAAGCUGGACCACACUACUAAACAAACAUACACGCUACGAUGCGUCCCAAAUAAGAGAAUGUGCUGAGAUGAUAUUGAAAUUUCACCAAUCUGCUCAAUUGGGACAGCUGAAAGUCACGUAUGAGAAGUACAUGAAACCUAAUUUUAAUGGUGUUGCGGCCGUAAAGCCACUGGACAAGCUUCCUCUUUGAUUUUUCUUCACCUUAGUUCAUCGAGUAAAUUAAUCCAUUUGAUGUUACUUGGAAGCAAUCUUGUGGGUGUAGAACUGUAGAUUUGGUCAUAUAAAGGUCGCGACCAAGCCAUGGCUUACAAGAAAUCUUGGCUGCAUGGGUGGAAUCGAUGUUCUUUGCACUGGAAUGACUUCACCAUUCAUGAUAGUUAUAUAGUUUUGGGAAACUUGGUAUUGGAUGUUUUGCACUAGAGUUUAAACUCAAUACUUGAGUUCACAAUAAUGUUGACCCCUCUAUUAGUUUUUCUCAAGGAUCGAAGAGGAACGAAAGGCAUGAGUGUGAUGGGUUUGAGGAAUCUUGACAUAAAAACAUUACGUUUGUAUUGGAGUUUGAGGAAACCCAUCACGCCUUGAGAUAGUUUGAGAUGAUGACUGCCUGGAUUUUUAUGUAAAAAAGAAAAAAACAUACGUGCUAUGAUUCGACGUAAAGCUUGUCGACUUUGAUUUGAUCCCCCCCA